GCCGGUGAGUUACAGGUCGCCAACACGGCGAUGCCCCAAGAGCAUUGGUGCGAAAGACUGCCGUGCAGAAAAGGAAUUUUAUAAAGCCUCAUGGCCCCUUUUCCUUUCGCCGUUGCUUUCGUGCACAGCUUUCGCCCCCGAUGCGUUCGCGACGGAACGGUGCAAGAAUAUUUCGAAGCCUUUUGUCAAUGACAAAAUCGUAGAAUCUCUUUUGGUUCUAUCUAUCUAUAUAUAUAGGUCACUCGGUUGCACGAGCUGAUUAACGGGGCGUUUUGGUUAGGAGAUAAUUAGACAUGCGGGGGGUUUCGGUGGUGCUCGUGCUGAUAGCUUGUUGGCUGUGUGGCUGUCCGGUGGCCGGCGAGGCAGCCUUCGCCGGCGACAUCCGUGUCGACCUGACGCAUGUCGACGCCGGGAAGGAGCUGCCGAAGCGCGAGCUGAUCCGGCGAGCCAUGCAGCGGAGCAAGGCGAGGGCGGCGGCGCUGUCCGUGGUGAGGAACGGCGGCGGGUUCUACGGCAGCAUCGCGCAGGCGAGGGAGCGGGAGCGGGAGCCUGGCAUGGCGGUGCGCGCGUCGGGCGACCUCGAGUACGUGCUCGACCUCGCCGUCGGCACGCCGCCGCAGCCCAUCACGGCGCUGCUGGACACCGGCAGCGACCUCAUCUGGACGCAGUGCGACACGUGCACGGCCUGCCUCCGGCAGCCCGACCCGCUCUUCUCCCCCCGGAUGUCGUCGUCGUACGAGCCCAUGCGGUGCGCCGGCCAGCUCUGCGGCGACAUCCUGCACCACAGCUGCGUGAGGCCCGACACCUGCACCUACCGGUACAGCUACGGCGACGGCACGACGACGCUGGGGUACUAUGCCACCGAGCGGUUCACCUUCGCGUCGUCGUCCGGCGAGACGCAGUCCGUGCCGCUCGGGUUCGGCUGCGGCACGAUGAACGUCGGCAGCCUGAACAACGCCUCCGGGAUCGUCGGCUUCGGCCGCGACCCGCUGUCGCUCGUGUCGCAGCUCUCCAUCCGGCGAUUCUCCUACUGCCUCACGCCGUACGCCAGCAGCAGGAAGAGCACCCUCCAGUUCGGGUCCCUCGCCGACGUCGGCCUCUACGACGACGCCACGGGCCCCGUCCAGACCACGCCGAUCCUGCAGAGCGCCCAGAACCCGACCUUCUACUACGUCGCGUUCACCGGCGUCACGGUCGGCGCGAGGCGGCUGCGGAUCCCGGCGUCGGCGUUCGCGCUGCGCCCCGACGGCUCCGGCGGGGUGAUCAUCGACUCCGGCACGGCGCUCACGCUGUUCCCGGUGGCGGUGCUCGCCGAGGUGGUGCGCGCCUUCCGGUCGCAGCUGAGGCUGCCGUUCGCCAACGGGAGCAGCCCCGACGACGGCGUGUGCUUCGCGGCGCCGGCCGUGGCGGCGGGCGGCGGGAGGAUGGCGCGGCAGGUGGCGGUGCCGAGGAUGGUGUUCCACUUCCAGGGCGCCGACCUCGACCUGCCGCGGGAGAACUACGUCCUGGAGGAUCACCGGAGGGGGCACCUGUGCGUCCUCCUCGGCGACUCCGGCGACGACGGCGCGACGAUCGGCAACUUCGUGCAGCAGGACAUGCGCGUGGUGUACGACCUGGAGCGGGAGACGUUGUCGUUCGCCCCGGUGGAGUGCUGAGAGGGCACCACGUGUCAACUGAAAAUCACUGUAGUUAUUUUUUUUUCUUUCUACUCCUAGUUGACUCUUUUUCCUGGGCCGUACGAUAUGCAGACCGAAUCGUGGAGCGGUACUGGUGUCCUAUACGAACGACGAGCGAGCACACAACAAUAAAGUCAGGCGGCUCAGGUCUCAGGCGAAGAACUUGGAACUCUGAUGGAGACAUGAAGCCCAAGGCUUAAAAAAAAAACAUACAACUGACCAGAACGGUGUUAGGACAUCACUCAAGUUUGUAUUGCAAAAAUCAUAGUAUGAUUGUAGCAUAUAUUUUCGCCAGACGAUUGUAGCAUAUAUUUUCGGUCUCCGCAUGUACUUAAAAUGGUCGCCACAAGAAGUUCAGAUACGGACUAAUCAGAUUUCAUACUAACGAAUGAAUUAAUUUAAUGUAACCAUUUUUCUUUCUGUACUAUGACAAUCAACAUGUGUACUAGCCACAUUCCCCUGAAGAAUGUAUACCCACGUCUUCAAUGUUCCAUCCUAAUAAAGAAAAAGGGAGGUGGUGUCUAAGUUCAGUUUAUCGUUCUGCCAAUUCCUUCAUCAGGUGUAUGUAUAUGUUUCUAUCUCUUCUAAUUCUUUUCCCACUGCGAUUUGCAAAGCUCUGAACUUCAAGGAGACGGAUACUGUCUGCACAAACGUAUGAUUAUAUGAACCCAUCUCUUAGUCUGUGAAGCUGUGAAAGCUUGUUAGCAUCUCGUCAGAAUGAAGCGCUCCAAAUUGCAUCAUCUCCUUCACUGCAUCUCGAGUGCACAUACUUCAAC